AACUUUACCCCUAUCCCUCUUUAACCCCCACCUCGCCACUUUCCUCUUGCUUGAGCCGUUGAAGCGAAGAAAGGAACACACAGAAAACGCGAGACUUCCCGCGACAUCCCGAUCCCUCACUCCGGCGACUCAGAAUGGCGGCCGCCGUCGCCGAGAGGGCGGAGCUUGCCAAGCUCUGCACCUCACGUGACUGGUCCAAGGCCAUCCGAGUCAUCGACUCCCUCCUCUCCCAGUCUUCUUCCAUCCAAGACAUCUGCAACAGAGCAUUCUGUUACAGCCAAUUGGAGCUCCACAAGCACGUGGUUAAGGACUGCGAUAGGGCGCUUCAGCUGGACCCUGCGCUUCUUCAAGCUUACAUCCUCAAAGGUCGUGCAUUUUCUGCUUUGGGAAGGAAAGAGGAUGCUUUUUUGGUUUGGGAGCAAGGCUAUGAACAUGCCUUGCGUCAGUGUGCAGAUCUGAAGCAGUUGCUAGAACUGGGAGAGCUUUUAACAAUUGCAAAGAAGGACGAAAGUAAUGGAGAUGAUAACCAAGCAAAAGAGUCAGCAUCAUCUAAACUUGUGUCCGAAGCAAGCCCGCAUAUUAAUGGGAAAUCUGGUGAGACUUACAAGAAUCACAAUAAAUUGAGUGGUGAAUCAAAAUUAUGCUGUGAAUCAACAGUUACCUCUGCGGUCCACGGCAAGUUUAAUGGAAAUGGAAAUUUUGUCGCAUCCAAGGGAAUUGGUGAUAAAGCCGGAGGGAGUAAGAAGUUUGAUAGCCAAAUCAAUGGGAAUCAUGAUAUUAAUGAUAAAUUACAUUCUGAAUCAUGCAAUGAUUUAAGUGAUACAUGCAGUAAGUUACCUAUGAUUUGUAGCAAAUCAAGUGAUUUAACAGAAACUCCUCCCACACCCCCUAAAUUAAGUACUAAAUCUGAUAUACGCCAUGAAAUUGGUGAGGAGUCCAAGAGAAAUAAAAAGUUCUCUGUUGCUAGACUUUCAAAGACCAAGUCAAUAAGUGUGGAUUUUCGAUUAUCAAGAGGUAUAGCAGAGGUUAAUGAAGGGAAGUAUGCUCAUGCCAUAUCUAUAUUUGACAAGAUAUUGAAAGAGGAUCCUAACUAUCCAGAGGCACUAAUAGGGAGAGGGACAGCCUAUGCAUUCCAACGAGAACUUGAGGCUGCAAUAGCUGAUUUUACAAAGGCCAUGGAAUCAAAUCCAUCAGCUUGUGAGGCAUGGAAACGGAGAGGACAAGCACGAGCUGCCAUGGGAGAAUUUGUUGAGGCCAUUGAAGAUUUGUCCAAGGCAUUAGAGUUUGAACCAAAUUCAGCCGACAUUUUGCACGAAAGGGGAAUUGCCAACUUCAAGUUCAAGGACUUCUACACUGCCGUUGAAGACCUAUCUGCAUGCGUGAAACUUGACAAGGAUAAUGCAUCUGCAUACACAUAUUUGGGUUUGGCAUUGUCCUCUAUUGGUGAAUAUAAAAAAGCUGAGGAGGCACAUUUGAAAGCAAUUCAACUGGAUCAGAAUUUUCUUGAGGCAUGGUUGCAGCUAACCCAGGUAUCCAUGACAAAUUAUUUUGUUUACCAAGGCCAAAUGCAUUUCCAUUAAUGUUUGAGAAAGCUUUGCAUGCGUCUGGUUCAUUUCAUUGCAUAUCCUCAUUCCAAUGGCAUCAUUCAUAGUGAAAGGCAGGGUCCCAUGGAAUCAAUAUGGGA